GCGGUCCUCCUCCUCUCCUAUCAGAGAAAACACACACACACGCACACACACACACACACACACACACUCACUCCCUCACUCACUCACACACAGUCCAAACCCCCCAGAAAAAGCCCUGCUGAAUCCUCACACCGUCUGUCAGCAUGGGGAGCGCUUGUUUUUCCCGGGACGUUUGUUUGUUUAUCCUCCUCAUAAAUACUUGCAGGGUGAUGGGGAAUGUCGGACUCGCAGAUGCAGACGAGUGCGCGGACGGUUCGGACGACUGCCACAUCGACGCCCUCUGCCAGAACACACCCAAGUCUUACAACUGCAUCUGCAAACCAGGCUACAAGGGAGAUGGCAAGCAGUGCGAAGACAUGGAUGAGUGUGAGAACGACUACAAUGGGGGCUGUGUCCAUGAAUGCAUCAACAUACCUGGUAACUACAGGUGCACCUGCUACGAUGGAUUCAUGCUGGCCCAUGAUGGACACAACUGUCUCGAUGUAGAUGAGUGUCUGGACAACAACGGUGGAUGCCAGCAAGUGUGUGUCAACACCAUGGGGAGCUACGAGUGUCAGUGCACAGAGGGUUUCUUCCUCAGUGACAACCAGCAUACCUGCAUCCAUCGCUCUGAUGAUGGGAUGAACUGCAUGAACAAGGACCACGGCUGUGCCCACAUCUGCAGGGAGGCUCCUGGCAAAGGCGGGGUGUCGUGCGAGUGCCGCCCUGGCUUUGAGCUGGCCAAAAACCAGAAAGACUGUACAUUGACGUGUAACUAUGGAAACGGCGGUUGCCAGCACACAUGUGAUGACACGGACACAGGGCCGGUGUGCGGUUGCCACCAGAAGUAUGCUCUGCACUCAGACAGCAAGACCUGCAUCGAGAAAGAUGAGGCUGCAAUUGAGAGCUCUGAGUUCAAUGCCACGUCAGUAGCUGAUGUGGACAAGCGGGUGAAACGGCGGCUACUUAUGGAGACCUGCGCCGUGAACAAUGGUGGCUGCGACAGGACAUGUAAAGACACUGCCACUGGGGUGCGCUGCAGCUGCCCUGUAGGUUUCACCCUGCAGCCUGACGGAAAGACCUGCAAAGACAUUGACGAAUGCCUGGAGAACAAUGGUGGCUGUGAUCACUUCUGCAGGAACACAGUGGGCUCCUUCGAAUGCAGCUGCCAGAAAGGCCACAAAUUGCUCACUGAUGAACGGACAUGCCAAGACAUUGACGAGUGCUCCUUCGAGAGAACGUGUGACCACACCUGCAUCAACUACCCCGGCAGCUUUGAGUGCUUAUGCAACAAGGGAUACAUCCUGUAUGGCCUCACUCACUGUGGAGACAUUGAUGAGUGCAGCAUCAGCAACGGGAGCUGUGAGCAUGGCUGUGUUAACACCCAGGGCAGCUAUGAGUGUGUGUGUCCUCCUGGACAGAAACUCCACUGGAACAAGAAAGAUUGCAUUGAGGUGGCGAAGUGUUUACCCAAUGGGAAGCCAGCGCCCCGAGCCCAGCUGACUUGCACCAAGAGUGGAGGAGCAGAGGUCUGCUCUCUCUCCUGCCCUUCCAACGCCCUCUUCCUCGCAGACUCAGAGAACAGCUACACACUGAGCUGCGGAGUACCAGUCCAGCCUGGUAAAGCUCCUCAGAAGAAGAAUGCCACCACUGCCCUACCCACCUGCACCGACAUGCUGGCCCCGCCCAUCAAACAGAAGGCAAGGUUUAAGAUCAAAGAUGCCAAGUGUCACCUAAGGCCUCGCAACAAAGAGAAACACAGAGAUUCAUCCAAGCAGAACCCACAAGGAGGCCAGUUCCCCUGCACUGACGACUGCCAGGUGACUUUUGUCAACCUCAAGUGUGACUCAUCUAAGAAGCGCCGAAGAGGUCGCAAAUCUCCUUCCAAAGAGGUUUCGCACAUCACAGCUGAGUUUGAGAUGGAGAUGAAGGAGGAGGAAGCCUCAGAGUCAUGUAACGUGGACUGCGUGCGGGAGAAGAUGAAGCAGAAGCUGCAGAGCGCUAUGCGGACGCUCAGGAAGUCUAUCAACAAACAGCAAUUCUACAUCCAGUUCUCUGGGACGGAGUACGAGGUGGCCCAAAAACCGUCCAGAGUACCAGAGGGUGCCGAGGCCUGCAGCACGGGACAAGUCCUCAGAGAUGGAAAGUGCGUAAGCUGUGGUGUGGGGACGUUCUACAGCGGGGAGCAGGAGCAGUGUGUCCAGUGUCCCCCCGGUACCUACCAGGACACAGCAGGUCAACUGUCUUGUGAGCCGUGUCCCAGCAUUGAAGGACAGGGCAUCGCUGGUGCCAAAAACGUGUCACAGUGUGGAGGUCAGUGUCCAGCAGGCCAUUUCUCUGCUGAUGGAUUCCGCCCAUGUCAGAUCUGUCCGCUGGGCUCAUACCAGCCAGAACCAGGCCGGGUCCUCUGCUUCACCUGUGGAGGAGGUCUCAUGACCAAGUAUGAAGCAUCGGUGUCCUUCAGAGACUGUGAAGCCAAAGUGCACUGUGCUCCUGGACAUUACUACAACUCCAGCACCCACCGCUGUAUCCGCUGCCCAGCAGGAACCUACCAGUCUGAGUUUGGACAGAACUACUGCAUCACCUGCCCAGGGAACACCACCACUGACUUUGAUGGUGCCACCAAUGUGUCUCACUGCAAAAACCAGCUGUGUGGAGGUGAACUGGGAGAAUACACAGGCUACAUUGAGUCUCCGAACUACCCAGGUGAUUAUCCAUCCAAUGUGGACUGUGUCUGGACCAUCAACCCACCACACAAGAGGCGGAUUCUCAUUGUGGUACCAGAAAUCUUCCUCCCCAUCGAGGAUGAGUGUGGUGAUGUGCUCGUCAUGAGGAAGAGUGCCCACCCUACCUCCAUCACUACCUAUGAGACAUGUCAGACCUAUGAACGACCAAUCGCCUUCACAUCUCGCUCUCGCAAGCUCUGGAUUCAAUUCAAGUCCAACGAGGGCAAUAGUGGCAAAGGCUUCCAAGUUCCAUAUGUCACUUAUGAUGAGGAUUACCAGCAGCUGAUAGAAGACAUAGUGCGAGAUGGGAGGCUCUAUGCCUCUGAGAACCACCAGGAGAUAUUGAAGGACAAGAAGCUAAUAAAGGCCCUGUUUGAUGUGCUGGCCCAUCCUCAGAACUACUUCAGGUACACAGCACAGGAGUCCAAAGAGAUGUUCCCUCGCUCCUUCAUCAAGCUGUUGCGCUCCAAAGUCACCAGGUUCCUUCGGCCGUACAAAUAGACAGGCCCCCCCCCUUCUGCCCUGUUCAAGACUCCCAUCAUCCUGUGUCAUUCCAGAUCCAACAACCUAAAUGUACUCCCCCUCAGCUUUCCCCCCAUCUUCCCUUCUUAUUUCCUGUAUUUGUCACAUGAUGCCUUUCCUCAUCUUUGACCCCUUACCUUCAGUUGGUGCAGCUUUUUGUAUAAGGUUUGGCCGAUAUGUUUUUUUUUAAAAUGCAGCAGAGGAUUUCUGAUAUAUAUUGUGUGUAUAUGUUGUUUCUUUAAAUUUGACAAGAUUUGAGUAUUAUUUCUCAGUUUGGCAUCGUAACAUGUAGCAUUCCCUGAAGACAGGGUAACUUGAAUGCUAUGUCAGUGAAGGUGCAAUAUCUGUCAGUAUUUUUAACAAAGUCAAAAACACAACAUUAUAGGCCUGCAGAGACAUGGUCAGACAUAGCACAGCAGAUCCUCAUGCCCUUUGUUUUAGGUCAAUUUCAGAAACAAGCAGCUAUAUCAAUAUCACAGUAGAUGUUAUUAAUCAUUGUCACUGAGAAGAACAACAAGAAUAUCAAAAUAUAGAGCAACUGAUUUGUCAAUUUGAUGUAUUUAAUUGAAGGAAAACUUAGCUUUUAUGGUGGCUAAUAAAAUGUGUUUAUUGACCAACAUUUAAAAUAUGCAUAUUGUGCAUACCUGUUAUGUAGCUGUAGUCACAGAAAUAAUCUAUAUCUGUUCAAUAGUGUACUCCAGUGACUGUCUUAACAGAUUACAUGUUAAAGUGAAGUGUCCUUUUGGCUUGUAUCGUUUGCAAAGAGUUGUAUUUAGCUUGAAAAAGAAAACAGCGACAACCACCAUUUUGUUUUUUAUUCAUUGUAUGCCUUUAUUUGAUCUGACCAGUUGAGAGAUGACAGAAAAUGAGGGAGAGAUAGAUGCAACAGUGACCCCAUCCAGGGCCUUUUACAGUUUGUGGUUACCAUCUCAACCAUUAAGCCACAAUGACUUCAAUGUUGCUGUUCAAUGAAUUUUCACUGUUUUGGUAGAAACAAAGAUUGUCCCCCCUCUCACAUAUGUAUAUUAAAUUUAAAAAGUAAAUACAAAAUGUUGUGGUUUUACAGGAGGUUAUGUGCUGGCUGCAGAGCAGGACAUGUCCAUCCUGGUCCUUGUAAAAGUUGUUGACUCUUGUAUACCUUUGGACAGAACUAGGCUGACUGUCUCCUGUUGCUUCCAGUCAGUAUGAUAAGCUUAGUUGAGUGGUGUUAAUCAUCUUAACUCUCAUUAAAAAAGCAAAUUUCACAACAUGUUGAACUAUUUCUAUUCAAAUGUUUUAUUAAUAAUCUGUAAAGCAUGAGAAAAUCCGUAAUUAUGUAUUCCCAAUGUAAUUUUGGUAACGUAUUAUUGGCACCACCAGUCAGCAAACUAAUAUAUCGGUCAAACCCUAUUUCUGCACUCCACAUCUUCUUGUUCUCCCAACCAUUCCCCAAUUUCUGCAUCUUUAUUAACAUGUUUUUUUUCUGCAUUCUUUCUUUUACUUUCUCUUUUCCUCAUUUUAUUUUGCUUUGCUUUGUUUUAUGUGUUGUUGUUUUGUUUUUGUAUUUAUACUGAACAUGUCAGAACUUGCAGAAGCCCACAUCACAGAUUUUUUAGAUGCAGCGUACAUACAGAUAUGUAAGACAUGUGUGUUUGUGUGGACAUACACAGCACAGCAUGAUGUGUUAUGAUGCAUUAGCCCACACAGUGUAUGUGGAUGUGUCCUAAACUUCUUUAUUGGCAUAGAUGUGCACAAGCCAGAGAUGAGAAGAAGAUUGGUGCACUUAAAACACACCUUAACAAGGCAAAUGAUUUGCAUGAAAUGUUAAAGUGGAGAAAUCUUAACCAUUCCACUUUAGGGAGUGCUUUAUCCAUCGGAGCACAGGGAAAGAUUAUCUGGGGUGAAUCAGGACGACUAUAUUGUAAUUAAAUAAUUAAAAACAGAUAUAUAACAAGAUGAGAUAAACUACCUGCAAGUAACAAAUUGUUACUUUAGAGAGAAAUGGAUGUGAUGUAACUAAUAUUUGGAACUUUAAUUGCACUUGAAUUUUAUAGUUACGUAUUUGUUACCUUUUUUUGUGUUGUUUUGAUAUGUGCCACAUGUGGCGGUGAUGAGAGAGAAAGACAGCUGUGUCUCCUGUUAUUGCUCCCACUCUGUGACUUGCGGUUACCCCUAAAUCUCUCAGUUACAGUAGCUUCAAGUCCCAUUCACUCACCCUGUGAGUAAACAUUUCGGUUGAAGCCUCAACAUCUCAACAGUGGAGAUUGUGUGUUAAACUAAAGUGGAAGGAAGACAGUUUAAGCAUUGGAUCACUCUAACUUGCCAGCACCACUACAGCUAGUCUGUGUCUUCACUGCCCCAUCCUGCUUCAUCCUGCCAACAUGUCCUAUAGCUGCCAGAGAGAAGAAGCUUCACCAUAAAUGCUUCUUGUAUGAUGGCAUUAUACAUACAUACUACUACAGUAUAUGCCUGUUUCUAAAAAAACUACUUCAAAUAUAUGCAUUCACACGGAUGCAAUCUCUUUCCAUUAAAUAGGAAGUAUAGUGUGUAUACUAUGCUUUUCUUUUAUAACCCAGCUAGAUGUUUCUGUGUCAUUCCCAUUGGUACUAAUACAUCUAUGAAAUCCUAUAUCGCAUAUUGAAGAUGGACUCUAUAUGUGCACAAUGUGAGUGGAGUUGUAAAACAUGUAUGUGUGACUGGAGUGUUGAUCUGGAGGUGAAUGUAGUGGCAGGGAUACAGUCGGAAUAAGAGGCAUCUCCUAUCUGAGUGUCUGUGUGUCUGUAGCACUUACAGCUUCAACUGUAAGCCAGUGAACUUUAUCUGUGUGUUUUUUUGUUCAUUAAGAAGCUUACCCAGAUGGAUGAUAACAAAUGCAUAUGCAAUAUUCAUUAUCUGUGUUAACACUGCUCUGGAAGCUUACCUCCUGUUCCCAGAGUCAUUCAUGUAAAGAGUCUUUGUGCUGAGCAUAAGGAAGUUGAGGGAGUGUCAGUGCUAAUUUUAGGAAAUCUCUGAUUGAUUUUCUUGAAUGAUUAUAAAUUAAAGGACCAGGCUGGAGAUUUUGCAUGUUUUAGUCCAAUUCAAAUUAUAUUGCAUAGAAUUUUCCAAAGAUCAAAGUUUGAGGUUUCCUACCUUACAGAAAGAGACUGGUUUCUGUUCAUUUUAGUACAUUGUAAUCAUCAAGGUGCAGAGACUUGCACAAUGACUUGAAGACUAUUCACUGUCUUACUUUGAGAUUGACACCACUCUCAUGUCUCUACAGUAAAUAUGUAGCUAAUGCCAGCAGCUGAUUGGCUUAGCUUCUGUUUUUUUUGUUAGCCAGUGACCUCUAGUUGCCAUAGUAAGUAUUACGGCAGCAAAGCAGUUAGUCUGGUGACAAAGUAUAUUGGCAAAGUCCAUAUAGGGAGGCGGUUGGGUGAUGGUAGGGUCAGACAAGCACAGUACCCUCCCCCAGAAGGCCGCCGCUCAUGUCCAGAAACCAGACCAGAAACCAAAAGUCAAUGGUGAGUUAUUUGAGGUUAUUAACAUACAUAUGUUACUUUAAUUACAUCACUGAUGUAGUUAUUUUUACCCAGACCAACACUGUUUUCCUAAAGUAAGUUUUGUUGCCUAUACCUAACAGCUGUACUUGUACUAAGUAGGCUACUACUUGUGCACUGCAACAGUCAUGUUACUUGGGAGUCACUGGCAGUUUGUCUAUUCAGUUGUAUAGUUAUGAGGAUAUGUUGCUAAAACUCACUUAUUAACAUGUAUCUAGAUUGUUUGUUUCAUACAACAAAUAUAUCAAUUACAGCUUUAGAGACGCUGGUAGAUGUAUUUACCAUACAUACAUAAGAGCGGUAUUAAACUUAGUGUAUAUUUUACAAAAUGUCAAACUUCCUAUAUAAUGAAUGAACCAUCACAGUGAGCAAUUUGUUCUUUCUUUCGGUGUGUUAAAAUGUGUUUGUGCUGUAAGAAAUCUGUGAGCAGGGAACACAUUGUAAGCUCUCCUCAUAGUGUCUUGGGAGGUACAGAAAUCUGAAAAUGAGAAAUGUUUCAAAUUGGCUCUAGAGCAGCAACUUUUUAAACAAAUCCCAUAGCCAAUAUAAAUUGACACCUCAAAGCUUGAUGAAAGACAAAUCCUCUGCACUUUCUUUUACUUUUGGCAUGUCAGUGUAUUAUAGCACAAGGAUCAUUUUCGAAAAUGUAUCCAGAACCUCCACUGAAUUCCCAGUAGUAGCUCUGUGCUAUGGUCAUAUCAUCCCAGAUGACAAAAAAAAUAGGAUUACCUUAUCAAGAUCCUGAAAUAUCAUAAAGGGUUCCUCAUAGAUGACCUACCAGGCUAUGGCUCUGUACUGAAUGCAGUAAACAAACAUUAUCCUAUCUAUGACAUGCAGAUUUAAUUCAUUUUUGACUUCUGAAGCUGAUGUUCCAACAUUCCUCUGCCUGACGCUUUUCAGCAUCUAACUAAUGAAUCUGGGAUGUUGGAAUAUUCUUGAGGAUACCACCUCUACAAGCUGUCUGCAUCUUGAUUUUUAUAGCGUACUGAAGUAAAACCAGAAUGGCUAGAAGAAAGGAAAUCCAUUUAAAACUUGUCCUUUGGUAAACGGUCUGCAGUCAAGAAAAGCAGUUGGAAUUAGUGAUCUGUAGCAGGCAAACCACAGAUAUGGUCCUUUAUAGUGCUGAUCUGGUCACCAUUAAGUGUUUUCUUCCAUAACAAACUUUUAAAUAGUUGAGAAAACCAAAAAUGGAAAAUAAUUUAAAAGGAUAUUUUUAGACAUUGGCUGAUAAUCACCCUUAAAAUGGAAUCUUAAAUCCAAUUGUCAGUGAGGUCACUGGGUCAUUAGAUAGGUUCCCAAACUAAAAGCAUUAUGUUAUUAGUUAUUGUUCCAAAUGGCUGCCACACAGACAUGUCACGGUACGGCCUACUUCCUGUUUGAGGUGGGCACUGUGUUAUGAAAAAAAUUAUAUGAAAUGCUCUAAAAUUUAUAAGUGACUGUUUUGUUUUCCUAAGAAUGUAUUCCAUUGUGAGUGGGUGUGUGUGUGUUUGAGAGAGAGACUUUGUGCAGUAAAGUGUGAGUGUUUCUGUGUGUGUCUGUUUGUUUGUGUCUGUUUGUUUGUGUGUGUGUGUGUGUGUGUGUGUGUGUGUGUGUGUGUGUGUGUGUGUGUGUGUGUGUGUGUGUGUGUGUGUGUGUGUGUGUGAGUAAGCAUUGAAUUUUUGUGCUGGGUGCCUGUGAUAGAUAAAGAGACUGUGUAUGUAUGUACUUUAGUCCAAUUUGUAGAGGAAUAAUUUUAACGUUUGUGUUAGUCGGUUGUACCCAAAGAGAGAAACUGUAACGCAGUGUGUGCCAUUGUUUGGUCCAUGAAACUCCAGUACUGAACAAAUUAAAUAAAACAGUAGCAGAAAA